GUGACCAAGUGAAGAGUUAAAAACGAGGACGAAGACAACAAACACGCACGGAUAUCGAUCGAGGACACAAUCUGCAAAGCGCGCAAUCGAUCGUGUCGAACAGUAAGACUUGCUCGGGUUUUAUUCCGACCGCAAAGUGACGAAGACACGUCGUGUAUUUUUGUACAAAGCGGCGUCCUUUUCCUAACGACGACCGCUAGCUGUCCUCAUGUAGCCUAGUGACGUCUUGUUAGCUUUAACAGCCGUUCAUCACAUGAAGCCUCAAUGUAUCGAUUUUGAAACUGACCAGUGGUUGUGACAAAGGUGGGAGAGGCUUUAUUCCCAUUCCGGAUGUGUGCGCCUCUUUUCUGGGUCAGCUGUUCCAUUGUUGUUUCCUGCAGGACAACUGCGUAAACAUGAGCUGGGCCUGGGACGUCACAACAACUUGAAGCUGACUAAGCGCCUCUGAGGGGUGGGUGGGCUCCUCACCAUGGAGGUCCGCUUUGGCAGCAUCGUCUUCAGCUCCAAGUUUGACUCGGGGAACCUGGCCCGUGUGGAGAGGGUGAACAAGACCACCCCCAGCCCUAUUCCUGAUGCCACCACCACAGCUGCUGUAGGGGGGCCCGCAUCAGCGCCAAACAUCCCCGAUUAUGAGUUCAAUGUUUGGACGCAGCCGGACUGUGCUGGCACGGAGCAUGAGAACGGCAACAGGUCCUGGUUUCACUUUAGCGUGCAGGGUGUAGCAGCUGGCAAGCUGCUAAAGGUCAACGUGAUGAACAUGAACAACCAGAGGAAGCUCUACAGUCAAGGCAUGGCGCCUCUCGUACGCACCGUACCUGGCAAGAACAGGUGGGAGAGGGUCCGCGACAGGCCGACGACUGAGAUUGUACGGAACCAGUUCAUACUGUCCUUCACUCACCGGCUGCCGGAUGUGCGAGGUGCCACCACCUUCUUCUCCUUCUGCUUCCCCUUCUCGUACACAGAGUGCCAGGAGAUGAUGCAGCGUUUGGACAAGAGCUACCAAAACGGCGCUGAGCUCAGCCCCGGCAGCCCCCCUGGCACUGUGUACUAUCACAGAGAGUUGCUGUGCCGCUCUCUGGACGGCAACAGGGUGGACCUGCUCACUGUGACCAACUGCGGAGGGAUGCAGGACGAGCGGGAACCUCGUCUGCCUCAGCUGUUUCCGGACGCCGACACCCCGCGGCCACAUCGCUUCGCUGACAAAAAAGUGUUCUUCCUCAGCAGCCGCGUGCACCCUGGCGAGACCCCGUCCUCGUUUGUCUUCAACGGCUUCCUCAGCUUCAUCCUGAGGAGAGACGACCCACGAGCCCACGCGCUCCGUAACAUGUUUGUCUUCAAGCUCAUCCCCAUGCUCAACCCCGACGGCGUCGUCAGAGGACACUACAGGACGGACUCUCGGGGCGUGAACCUGAACAGACAGUACUUGAAGCCCAGCCCUGAGCUGCACCCGUCCAUCUAUGCGGCCAAAACGCUGCUGCUGUACCAUCACGUGCACAACAGUGCACACAGGACACAGUCCAGCAGCCCCCACGGCCAGGCCCCGCCCAGCCACACCGAGGCUGCCAACCAGCGCCAGACCCCCCUCCCCCUCACCGCCCUGGAAGUCAGCCUGAACCAGCGCAACACGGAGAAGGACGCGAGCCCGGCGCAGCCCGAGGUCGUAAUGGCCACGGAAGAAAACGGUUGGGGGGCCGCAGUCGAGGCGGCGAAGGAGGACCUUAGCAGCUUGUCCAGCUCCUCUGAAACGGUCUCCGUGCCGCCACCGGAGGGACCGGCGCCAGCGCAGCCAGAGGAGGACGAGGAGCGGGAGUCCAUUCCGCCAAAGGAGGGGGGCGUGGCCUACUAUGUGGACUUGCACGGCCACGCCUCCAAGCGGGGUUGCUUCAUGUAUGGAAACAAUCUUCCCGACGAGAGCCAGCAGGUGGAGAACAUGCUGUACCCAAGGUUGAUUGCCAUCAACUCACCACACUUUGACUUUGUGGGGUGCAACUUUUCUGAGAAAAACAUGUACGCGCGGGACAAGCGUGACGGUCAGUCGAAAGAAGGCAGCGGGCGGGUGGCCGUCCACAAAGCCAUCGGGCUUCUUCACAGCUACACUUUAGAAUGCAACUACAACACCGGGAAAGCUCUGAACACCAUCCCUGCAGCUUGCCAUGACAACGGGAGGGCCACGCCCCCUCCCAUGCCCGCCUUCCCACCCAAGUACACGCCAGAAAUAUUCGAACAGGUGGGGCGCGCCGUGGCGAUCUCGGCGCUGGACAUGGCCGAGUGCAACCCGUGGCCGCGUCUGGUCCUGUCUGAGCACAGCUGCCUCGGGAACCUGCGGGCGUGGGUCCUCAAGCACGUCCGCAGCACCGCCACCCAGACCGCCAACCACCACGGCAAGGCGUCGCCGCCCAAGAUCUUCCACAACGGUCUGAGCGGUUUGGCCGCCGAGGGCUCCUUCUGUCGCGUUCGCUGCAACAGCCAGAGCAGCGGCAGCCUGACACCCUCCCCAAAGAUGCACAACUCGCCCAGCUUCACUUUCGGGUGCCCCCCACCCAUGGUGAACACGCAGAACCACGGCGUGCGUGGCGGCCACAAGUCCCUCGGGUCCGUGCGGGACACUAAACCUCCGGAGAAGUGGCGCCCGCCUCAGCAGCGUACCGUCCUGCGUUCACCCGGCAACAGCCAUGUGCCCACCCGCGCUCCUCCUCCGCCCUCCUCACCCCCCUCCUCCUUCUCCUCUUCCUCCUCCUCCUCGUCAGUGUGUGCAGCAGGCUCCUGUCCUCUCCCGUCCUCCAUCAGUAUGGCAGGCCUCGGCUGUGCAGACUUUCAGGCGGGCGCGCUCACUACGGCGGCUCGGUCCAAAGCGCCUUUCACCGCCCGCCCCGGCCGAGGAGGGCGAGGGUGCCGAAAUCCUAACCUCCACCCGGGCCAUCGCGCCACAGCGACUCUGCAAGACUGUGGGCCCCAGCACAUCCUGGCCUCCCUCAAAUUUAGCAAGUGUGAGCUGCCGCCGCACGUGGGCCGCGCCUCCAACAGGAAGGCGGUGUCAUCUGAAAGUGCCGCCGCACGUCACAGCAAGACCCGCCCUAAUUUAAUCCUUCAAGCUGACGAGCGAGCCAAGCCGCAGGCCUGCAAAGCCCUCAAGAGGACCACCGCCCGAGCCCAUGUUGUAAAAUAGCAACCCAGUGACCUUCACUGACCACAUCAUUGGGUACCAUACCUGGCAACCCUCCCAUUUCACCCCAGGAAACUCCCGUAUUUUGCCAUUACUCCCCCCUUUUAUUACAACUCCUGGCAAAAAUGAUGGAAUCACCAAUCUUGGAGGAUCUUCUUUCAGUUGUUUGUGCAGAAAAAAAGCAGAUCACAGACAUAAGCAAAAACUUUGUGGCUUUAAGAAACAAAAAAAAAUUGUGGUUGUCAGUAACGGGUUACUUUUUUAGACCGAGCAGAAAACAAUUCUAGAAUCACUCAAUUCUGAGAACAAAGCGAUGGAAUCACCCUGGAAGUUUUCAUUCCCAAAACUACCACCUGCAUCCGAUUAGAUGUGCAGUUACAAAUGAGUGAUCACACCGUAGACAGCUGUUGCACCAAGUGGACUGACGUGAACCGUGGCUCCAACGCCACAGAUGUCACUUGGAACAAAGGAGAGGAUUAUCAAGAAGGUCUGGACCGGGAAGGUUUUAAAGGCAAACACACUAAGGAAGACAUCAAAGCAUCAAGACGUAACUUCAAGCAGUAGGUCUUAAUAGAAAAUGUACAGCAAAACAAACAAAUAGGAAACUAGUCUACCUUCGCAUUUGGGACACUUUUCUUAACCCACCAACUGAAAGGAUGUUUGGGGACGAUGAAAUCUUUUUUCGAGACGAUAAGGCAUCUUACCAUAGAGCAAAAAACUGAAAACAAAGAUCUCAAGCAAAUGCAAAAUCUGGUGGAAGUUGAAGAAAAUGGUCCAACCUGCAAAGCUGAUGUGGCAACAGCAGAUUGAUGAAGAGUACUGUUUGUCCCUCAUUAAUGAUGAAGAGUACUGUUUGUCCCUCAUUAAAUCCAUACCUCAGAGACUACACGCUGUUCUAAAAGCCAGAGGUGGUGCAACAAAGUACUAGUGGUGUGUUCAAGUGUUCUUUGCUUUGUCUCUCAUGAUUCCAUCAUUUUUUCCACCUGCGUGGUGUCAAAAAGUAACUUACUGACCCUGCAAACCCUGAAAUGAGAAAAAUGCAUAUUUCUAUUGUCCAAUUUUGUGCUUAUAAUGGAAGUCAAUGGGACUUUUUUGUCCUCUAGGGACCCAAAAGGGUGGGAAUUUUGGAAUUUGACCCUGCAAAAAAGUAAAGCAUCAAAAUCAAUUUUACUGUUAAUGGUAUGCAUAGUUAAGCCUGAUCUUUGACAUAGAACCCCAGCCCACCAACAUUUAUUAUAUGUAUUAUCUAUUAUGUAUUUUUCCAAGCAAAAACUGACAUUGAAUGAAAAGGGCAUUUAGAAGAGUAAAAUAAUACAAAUAUUUACAUGUUUAGUAUUUUUUUAUGAGAACAUAAGUUGAGAGAUCUAAGCAAAAAAAAAAAAAAAAGUCUUCAGGGACCCCUGAGGGUUAAAGCCAGAGAGUUUAGUUUAGUGUCUUUAGUCUAGAGUCUGUGAUGUGCUUUUUUUCGACUAAAUGAAAAAUGAAUGAGGAUCCUCCCUGACUGGUGAUUCUAUCAGUCUUGUCAGGGGUUGUAGUUUCCUGUAUUUUAGCUGUCAUGAUAUAAAUGCAGAGUUUGAUAGAUCUGUGGACGUUAGAUGUGCAGGUGUUUGUAAUGAAGUGGCUGUACGUUAUUUAUUCUUACCUACUCAGUGUGCCUUCACCACAGCAAACGUAUAAGCAAGCAGCCAGGCACCACAUUAAUAUCCACCACACCAUUUGUUGUGACUGAUGAGCAGCCUAUCAGCGUCUCGUAUUAUUCUAAAGGCUUUGCCAAUAAGAAACAAGUUACUUGUCAACUGAAAGUAAUGAAAGACGUGUGAAGGUUGUACAAGUACACUCCCGUACGUACCAACUGCUGUGUGGACCAAUAAAUGUUUCAUAUUAUGCUAUUAAAAUAUUCUGUCAAGCAAACUUUGGGAUGUUGUGAUUUUGAAUGUUUUCAGUGUGCACAAUUAGGCAAUUUGCAUGAUUAGUUUUAUUAUUUAACCAUAACUGCUCUUGGUCAAUCCAAAAAUGUUAAUACAUCUCAAACUGGAAUAUUUAAGGAAGUGAAUGUGAGGUUUUGUUGAGAAAAUCUCUGUGCACAAUUAGGCAACUGAAAGAAAAACAAAAAUAUUCCCAUCUCACUACUUUUAUUUUCACUUUUUUAAAGUCAGAAUGAUAAACACAAACUUUACAAAUAUGUCUAUGGCAUUUCCAAAAAUAAAUCGGUGACCAAUACAGGGUAUAUCAA